CAGCCAUAAUACACAAUGAUAUCAGUGACUCACAGAUUUUGCUGCCCAGGCAUCUUUGACAUCAGGGGCAUAACUAAUCGAAGUGGGGCCCGAUAGCAAAUCUUUGCAUUAAUACUACAAAGACAAGUUCUCCAGGGACAUGAUUUGUACAACGUCCUGCACGUGUAUGCUAGGAAUUCUAGUUUUGCAACUGGAGUGCCAUAGGCUGAAGACCAUUGAAGGGAGACAUCUUGCUCUGCCAGAAGACAUAUUGGAUCACCCUGGAGGCCAUUUUGUGUGUACACCUAUUGUGCAAGAAAGUGCUACUGAGGAUAUGACUGUUGUGGCUAAAAGCACUCAGGCAUCGGCAACAAGUGUUGAUCAAACUCCUUCUUCUAAAAGUGCCAAAAAAAGAGGAGCCACAUCAUCUAAAUCUGGGAAAGACUUGUUCAUGAAGCAAUGCCCCUACCCCAUAUUGUGGCUGUUCCUUAUGGCUGGGUAUCCCCUUCCUGCCCAUCUUAGUUCCUCACAUGAAACAUUGGGUCAUCCAAAUUCACGGCGUAGGAGUCCUCCAGAAGACAUUACUUUUAUUUCAGGAUCUGCUGAGACUCCUCCAGAGAACCUAUCAUGCUGUCCCUCACUCUCUCAGGCUUGGGCAACUUACAAAGCUGUACUGUGUUAUGUGGUGUCCUGCAGUUGCUGUCCACAGAAAGAUCCUGAAAUAUACUUCCCCUGUCCAGUAGAGAGCUCAGCUGGUCCACCUGCAAAUGGUCAUCCUGCUAGUAGCCCCCGUCCUCCCCGUGUUGCUGACAGAGGCAAAAAAACUGCCCUUGGUAAUAGUUUUAGCUACCCAGACCUUAAAUUAAUGGGUGUGCCUGUGUAUAAUAGGCAGACUGGUGCCAUAGACAUAGAACCCAUUAGAGAGCCCCCUGCUCCAUUGCAACCACCUGUGUCCCGCAGUUCUACCAAGGACUACUACUCAUUGAGGGAGUCGGAUCCAGAGUUGCCCCGGUUAAGUGGCUCCAUGUCCAGUGCUGAGAUUGAUGAACUUAUCUGGCACAAGCUAACAGAGUUGUUUAGCCUCCAUCAGAUUGAUGAACUGGCACGAUGCACCUCUGAGACAGUUUUUCUAGAAAAGAGCAGCAAAAUUACUGAAUUAAUCAGCAGCCUGACACAGGACUGCCAACUGGAAGAGCAAGAUGCAGAGUGUCGGCUGGUGCGGGGUAUUAUACGCAUCAGCACCCGCAAGCAACGCAAACGUGGACACCCUGGCUGUGGUGGAGAAAAAGGAAGCAGUGGGCAACAGCAUAACAGCCAUAAUGAUGGCAAAACCCCAGACAGUGGCAAUGAAAGCAUGCAGGAAUCUGUACUGACCAGCCAGGAUGCAUAUCUGGAUGUAAAGAUUUCACAUGAGACAACUGCAGAUCUCAUAGCAAGAAACAUGAGGAGAUACAGUGCACCAGGAACUACAUUCCAAAAAGAGGAUUCCUUGCCAGACACAGACUCUUCAGGCACUCCACUAUUGAAGGUUUACUGUUAACAGAAGACUGAUCCUUAUAAGACAAGCUGAUCAUCAGGUUCAAGGCAUGCUUUUGGCCAAGCAAAUAUAGAAUCAUUAUAAGACAAUUUACUUAAUACAUGUGAAUAACAAUGACUUGCCAGCCAUUCCCUGUCUAGGCUCAAGAUGGAUUCCCUGAUGAAAGUGGGUUUUUUGCUUCAAAAGGAUGGUUUUGGCCAAGUUUGCUCUCUGUAUAUGGGGUUUUUUUUUUUCAAUAGUAAAAGGCUAUGUACACUUUCUAGAUUGUCCCAAUAAAUGAAAAAGAAGCAGGGUGAUCUACAGUUUUGUUUCUACAGCUCCUAUGCAGACUAAGAAUCUUUAUUGUAUCAAGUAGCAGACACAUUGGCCAAGACAGGGGCAUAGCUGGAAACCACAGGGCCCCGAUGCAAAAACAAUAUUGUCCUGCCCCCCUUCCUGCACAACAGACAUCCCCCAGACUGUCUUUUACCACUGAUGCCCAGAAAUUGUUGGCUACUCACUGUUAGUGGAUACUCAUCCUAUACAUGAAGACAAUUAUUACAACUGUUACACACUACACCCCUGAAUUUAACCCUUCUACAAACUGUACACCUGAAUAUAGCCCUGUAACACACUAUACCCUCUGAAUAUGCCCCCACAUAGCAUGAUGCCCCAUGUUGUCCUGGAGCAGUGUAGGGGGCCUAAUGCUAUACUGGCCAGUAGGGGGGCCUAAUACAUGAUAUAUCUACACAAAAAAAAAAGGGUCCACAUACUUCUUAAAUGUUAUUUUAUUUAACACCAACAAAAUUAAAACAUGUAUAUGAAGCCUCAGCAGAAAACCACAAGUACGUACAGAGGCACACACCAUGCAUGAAAUUCAUAGAUAAUGAGGGGGAUUUAUCAGAUCCUUUGUAGAGGAAGAGUGGUGCAGUUGCCAAUGGCAACUGGUUUGCUUUGAUUAUUUUUUUUGUAAAGAGCAGUUUGGUUGCUAUGGGUAGCUUCACCAUUCUUCAUACAUUAGCUUAGUUUUGCAUUCCUUGUGGGAUAUUCUGCAUCCCAUCCUACUGACUUCCAUGGGAUUCUGCUGCACUGUUCUUAAAUAGUACAGUACUGUUACCCAAUCGCAGGCUGUUGCAAAACUACAAAUCCAAGAAUGCCCUGGCAUCCUUGGGGGUCCAGGCAUGCCGAGAGUGGAAUUUCUGCGGCAGAUGUCUUUGCUGCGGAAAUCCUGAUUCAGUCAUCUGCAAACAUAGCAAUGUCUAUUCCUUUUGCAGACUCCGCUAAAAUACUUGGAAGCACUCAGAAAUUUGCCGUCUCGUGCAUUGCCAAAUUGCAGAGUGCUUCCAAGCAUCCCCCAAUUAUUCAAAUGUGCGAAUGUCUGCAAGUGUUUUUAGUGCGGACAUUCCACACAUGUUACCUGUGAACAUGGCCUCACUGUUUUGAUUUAUCGCAGGUGACUUUGUGAAACUUUACUACACCAAUUGAUUAUGAACUAAGCACUAACUUGUAUGAAUUCUAAUGCAACAAGCUUCGGAGAUAGGAAAAGUGGUGCAGUUGCCCAUAGAAACGGAUCAGUUUGCUUCUUUCAUUUUUAAAAAGACCUCGGGGGGGAAGCUCUUGUUUCCCUCUGCACACUAUUUGAUAAAUCUACUCCAUUAUAUGAAUUUCAUGCUUGGCAUACGCCUCUGUGCUUACUUGUGGUUUUCUCCUAAUGACUCACAUGUAGGUUUUUAAUUUUAUUGUUAAUAAAAUAAACUUUUAGCGCUACAUGGACUUUUUUUGGUGUAGGUAAGUUUUGGAGUUUUUCUGCUGUAAAAUUAUGUAGAGACUGGGGGGGGGGGAUUAAUGAAACCCUGUGAAGAGGAGAGUGGUGCAGUUGCCCAUAGCAACCAAUCAGAUGAUUUCAUUCAUUUGUAUAAGGGCCUCUGAAAAAUGAAAGUGAUCUGAUUGGUUGGUAUGGGAAACUGCACCACUACACAGGUUUUGAUAAAUCUCCCCCUAGGUGCUAAUCUUUGUGCAUAUUUGGUCUAAUGGAACUUUUUGGUGGCACCUCUGCCCUUAAAGAGGCAGAUGUGGUUUAUCCCAGGGGUCUCAAUCAUCAUUGCUACUGCUGUGACAAUGAUAAUUAUACCACUGGUGUAAAGUAUACACUCUUAAGAACUGUUUUAUUUUUGCACUUUAGCCAUAACACUUUAAUUUUCCACCUACAGACACAAGGGCAUUUUGUGUGCCACCAGUUGUACUUUGUAAUGACAUCCCUCAUUUUACCAGUAAAGUUACAAUGAAACAAAAACAUGAUUUGUAGGGAAAUUUUUGCAACUUUUGGGGGGGCCUUCAGUUUCUAUGUAAUACGAUUUUCUGUAAAAAUGACACAUGAUCUUAAUUCUGUUGGUUCAUACGAUUACAAUUUUUUUAUUUUAUUUUACAUAACUUUAUGUAUGAAAACCAGUGUUUAAAAUCACUCUUCUCAGGGCUCAUUUAAUGCCGUGAUCUUUAGUUUUUUUUUUUAAGUUUUUUUUUUAAAUCAGUGCUAUUUUUGAUUUGUUAGAACUUUUAUCGCUUUUUGUUAACGAUUAACUUUAAAAUGGAUUAGUUGGUACGAUUAAUUGGUAAAAAACGCAAAAUAACAGAAAGGGUUUUACUUUAAAAAAAAGUAUGUACAGUAGGCUGUAAAGCGACACUUCUAUACAACUCCAUAGUAACAUUUGCUUACAUAAGAGUGGCUGUACAGUACUAUUCCCUAAGCACAGGCUGUUGCAGAACUACAAAUCCCAGCAUGCCCUGACAUCCUUGGAGGUCCAGGCAUGCUGAGAGUUGUAGUUUUGCAUCAGCUGGAGGUCCACAUAUUAGGGACUGCUUUACAAGCUGCAGGAGGCGGCUGCUGGGGAAAUGUUACCUAGUAUAAAGUUCCCCACACUUGUUGCAUUAGAGUCCAGAUGCAUAGAAGUAACCGGGACCAUGUUUGCAGCAGAAGAGCCUGACCAAUACUCACCGGGUCACAGUCACACAGAGCGCAAAGGCUGCUGGAGGAACCCAGGGCAGGAGCAGAGCCAACAACGCACACAGCCCCCACAUAUCGGAAACUUUGCCUGAAGACAACUUCAGUGCACGUCACCCUCUGUCCAGCUCCUGUGCACCAAGGGAUGCUGACCGCCACCAUUGGCCUGUGGUAUGCCAAGCCACCACGACCAUCAGAGCAGGUAAUCGCCAGUUUACAGCCUUCUUCACUGCACUCUGAGGCUUGUGCUGUCAACAACGAUUUGUUUUAGAUUUUAAUCAAUAACGUGGAUUAAUUGUUGGACACUUACACACUCAGCCAUACCACUUAUGUUUAAUAUUUCACUUAAAGGAAGAGGGGAUAAACUCAAACUUUUGGUAGGGAAGGAGCUAAUUCACAUUUAUUACUUUUUUUUUCAAAUUUUUUUGUCCCUAUAGGAGACCAUUCUCUGCAAUCUUUGGAUUGCACUGGACCCACCGAUAAUGGCAGACAUCAGCGAUCACGUUGAUGUCCGCCAUUAAACCUAUAGUUACCAUGAUCAAUGCCAAUCACAGUGAUGAAUACAGAGGUUCAGUGAAUGGUGUAAACUUAAAAGAAAUCUACCAAACACUAGCAUUAAAUAUAUAUAUUUUUUACAUAUCAUGUAA